AAACUAACCCUGGCAUGUAUACAAACAACAUGACGGACAAGAAGGACUACUGCCCGGUUGUGUCCACUCUUAGUACAUAUAAGAUUUUCCUCAUCGGGGAGCAACUCAGAUCGUGCAUGAAUGGAGUGGGGCUGAUUAGAGACCGGAAAUACAGACUCCGCAGCUACAAAUCUUGUUUCCAAGGCAACGAGACAGUUGAUUGGCUGGUCCGAAGCAGAAGAUGUGACGAUCGUCUCUCCGCUGUACGCAUAAUGCGGACCUUACAAAAAUGGGCUUUUUUCCAUCAUGUUUGCGAUGACCACAAAUUUAAGGAUGAAAUGCUCUUUUAUCGAUUUCGCCGUGAUGAUAACACAAUAGAAUCUCACAAAGACCUCCUGCUCUUCUACAAGGUGCUCGAUAUAUACCACUCAAUAAAUUUUUCAAAGAAAGGUAUUUUACGGAGCUACCAGGUGCGCGAUCAGGUGUUUGACAGAGCCUUUAUGGGAUCCGCCUUCGUGGAUUGGUUGGUGAACACGGGGAUGGUAGACACAAAGGAACAGGCUAUUAUCACAGGGAGACAACUCCUGGAGAACGACAUCAUCAGACAUGUGACAGACGACCACCACUUCCGGAACGACAAUUUGCUGUUGUAUCAGUUCAACCUGGAUCUGGAUCAGCGGCGCCGGAUGUCUGAUGUCCUCAUUCUGGACGAAAAGCGACGGAUGUCGACCGAAUCACGCUCUUCCACCGAGUCGCAGGAUACCCCAACUCGAUUCUUAGAGUCACGUGAUUUCUCCAUUCCGCCUAAUAGCUGCGAUAACGAAUGUACAGAAAUCGGUUCGGAAACAGAAGAGUCAUCGAACACGUCCUCAAUGCAGCCCAGAUCUGUACUAUUGAGGUAUGAAACAGCUGACGAACUGGAAUCUCCAGACACACCUUAUGUUAAGUCGUGCCUCAGAAUUUUUAGUGACUCUGUAGGUUAUGGGUUUGUCAUACGGGGCAUAGGGCCUACUUAUGUACAGACUGUCGAUCCCGAGGGACCAGCCGCGGACGCCGGGCUCAAGGUCCGACAAUACAUCUACUCUGUUAAUGGUGUGAAUGUUCUACGAGAAGACCACCAUUCUGUGGCCAAGAGAAUCAUUGAGUGUGGGAGGGACUACAUCAACAUGUGUGUCAUGUCCCACAAACGUGACAUCAACGAUAAAUGAUCUGGUCUUGGCAAUGGAGACAGAAAACUGAUGCAUUUCUGUUUGAAGGAUUCAAGCAGGUAGCACUACAUGUAUAUUCCACAAAAAUGGUGGCAAUCAAAGAAAGAUGCGACAGAUUCUUUACCAAGGAUGGAUCAGAUGCACUACUUCAUUAUCUAUACCAUGAACAAUGACAGAGGACUUGAAGACUACUUCAUGUAGUUUAUAUUAAUGGAGCCCCAAAGCUCACUUAACUGAAACAGAACCCUGAAUAUGAUGAAAUACGAGUGACACUACAUAAUUAAUAGUUAA